AUGGGGAUGGGUCGCCGUUCUCGAAGCCCCGAUGCCUCGCUCGCUGAGGCGCCAGCCGAGAAAAUGGCCAAAACUUCGGACCCAAAAGACACAUUCUUGGACAAUGCCAAUAAUUCUGCGUCUUUGAAUGUUUUUCACGAUUCUGGAAUAGCCUCAAUGACACCGCAGGAGACAACACCGUCUAGAACGUCGUCAAACCAAGCAGUGCUUGUUAAAGACUCCCAGCCUGCAGCCGCACGAGCCAAACGACAGGAUUGGUGCCGCUGGCCCAUUUGCAAGGAAUACUAUAAAACUGGUGCCUGUUCUAAUGAGAGAAACGGGAAGAAAGAUGGAACUCCCUGUCAACUGGCUCACGUCAGGGAAGAAGACGGGGUGUCCGUGAAUGCUGAUAAUUAUGUCCGCGUUUGCUUUGACUCUAUGGGUCUUAUUCAGCCCGCAUGUCGACGAGCGAAAUGCUCCUUUUUCCAUCCACCAAAGCACAUUCGUGAUCAGAUAAUUGCAAGGCGUCACGCUCAGUAUCUGCAGGAGAAGCAGGCCAAGAUAAUACGCAAUCAGAUUUCCAAUGCUCUGAUGCAAAUACCCUCAACAUCCGCUGUGAAUCCCUAUGUCUGUCUCACCGACCCACUUUCAAAUCUCUCGCUUAACCAAUUUUUGAUGUACAACAACUGCAUAGUUCCAGACUGGACUUCGCCAAACCUUCUAGCUGCAAAUAGGACCACCUAUGUAGGCACCGAUGCUAACGCUGCUCGGUUGCCUCCAGCGGUGGGCAUCGAUCCCUCCCUGCUCAUCUAUCCGCAAAUUCUACCGUCAGCAGCCGUGAUCUCGGCAGUAAAUUGGGCCGAUUACGUAUCAAAAUUGAGCGUACAGUGUCUCCAGCAGCGCACCGAUUCAAUCACACCAUACAACUGGCUACCCGUGACACCACUGAACCCACAGCUACUUGGCACCGUGGUUCAGCCACAAGCAGCACUUACUUUUCAUCAGCUCGGAACAAUAAACUCGGUCGCGCCGCCCAUCGGAGCGCCUCAGCCAUCGAAUGCUGCUCCCUGUAUGCAGGGUGCGGCGCAGCUUCCAAAUGUGACGCGAUAG